GGAGAGUACCUCUGCUACAACUGCAGACAGCCAGGCCACUUCAAAGCCAACUGCCCCUUUCCGAGAGUGUCCAAGAAGCAAGGACAAGAAGGAGAGAAGAAAUAUGAAGAUCAUGCAAGAAGAAGGAAGGCAUUGAUCACUGAACAAGCUGAGAGAGAUCCUCUCUCUAAAUCAGAGUCCAGUUCCGAGUCUGACUCUGAUGAAGCAUUUUGUUGCCUAGAUACAGAAACCGAGGAUCUCUGCCUCAUGGCUCAAUCUGAUGAUGAGGAACUAUGUGCUGGAGCUAUCUCAGAGCAAGAGUGGUUUAUUGAUAGUGGAUGCUCCAGGCACAUGACAGGUGACAAGAGUUGCCUAUCAGAGUUCCAGAGAUAUA